CACCUCCGUCCGCCCGCCCGCAGGGACGACGACGGUGAUGUGCAUCCAUGCAUGGUCCAGGCUGAUUUAGGCAGGCCGUGGGCGACGGAAUAUAUGCUCCCCUAAAGCUUGCGAUCGACGGAGUCCGCCCGAUCCGCGCCCGCCCUUUCACAGCCUGGAGCGCAACUAUUCGCAGGCAGCAAGCAACUGGCGGGCAGCAGCGGCACGGCUGCCAUCCGUCUGAGAUCGAUCGAUCGAUCGCCCCCAAUUCCGAUUCAGUCAAGUUGCGGGGAACUGGAAAGCGCGAGCUGGCUAUCCCCUAUAGCGAUCUUUUGUUCUCUUUGUUCUCCGGUGGGUCGCCUUUAUUCCCGCCAUUAAACUAUGCCUUCGCUCCACUAGCGGCUAGCAAAUUCGGCCCAAUCCUUCCUUCCUUCCUGCCCGUACACCACCUUCCGUCCCUCCCCUGCCUUGAGAGAAAGAUCCUGCCAGGCUGCCUGCGAGCCCGAGGCUCCCGUCCCCGGUAUAUAUUUGCGGCCUCCCCCUACACACUUUCCUUACGACAUCCUCCACACUCGACUCAACCAAGCAGCAACGAGACGCAGAGCAAGCAGCAACAAGUAGCUUCGACCUUCAGCUUCUAGCGCAUGGCGGAGAUGGGGGUGCGUGACAACUUGCCCUGCUCGACUUCAUGGAGAGAGCUCACACACACCAGCUGGAGGGAUGACGAUUACAGGAGGAUGGUGAUGGCGAGCCUGAUCGAGGCGGUGUACCUGCUGGAGCUGGAGAGGCAGGAGCGGAGGGACGCGGCGGAGGUGGCGCAGCAGUGGUGGAAGCCCUUCAGCUACCGCCUCGCGCACGAGCUGGUGGACGAACGCGACGGCUCCGUCUUCGGCGCCAUCUUCGAGUGGGAGGACCGCCACCUGCUCGACCGCCGCGGCGCCAGCGCCGAGGAAAGGCCGACCGGCGCGCCCAGCGCGGUGAUCGCGUUCCGGGGCACGCUGCUGCGCGCGCCCACCAUCCGGCGGGACGUGGAGGACGAGCUGCGCCUGCUGGCGUGCAACAGCCUCCGCGGCUCCGCCAGGCUCCACGGCGCGCUGCAGGCGCUCAGGGCCACCAUCGACAGGUUCGGCUCCGAGAACGUGUGCCUCUGCGGCCACUCCCUCGGCGCCGGCUUCGCGCGCCAGGUCGGCAGGAUGCUCAUGGCGUCGCGCCAGCAGCAGCAGCCGCAGCCGCAGCAGCAGCAGCAGCAACAGAACCCCGCCGCGGCGCUCGAGUUCCACCUCUUCAACGCGCCCUACCUGUCGCUGCCCACGGGCGUGCGGAGGGUGGUGAGGACGGCCGACUGCCUGCUCAAGACGGUCCGCACCGGCGUCGCCGCCGUCGGCAGGUGGCACGGCAAGGCGCUCAAGAACGUGGCCUACGCCAACUGCGUGCUCGGCUACACGCGCCUCGACAGCGACGGCAGGAAGUUGUUCGAGUGAGAAGAGAACAUGCUACGCCAACUGCAACUGAUCUGCCACACCCAUGACUGACGCCAUGACUCGCCUGAAGAGAGGGAGGGAUCCAGCGCUGAAAACGUGCGACUGUACUGAAAAUCCCAAACACGCGGCACGUAUCUCGAUCAUGGAGGCCAUGAUCCCGAACGAACGAUCUAUCUAUUAUCAGCUUGUACUACUAGUAGGAUUCAAUUUGAAGGAGACAAUAAGCAUCCUGCCCGGCCCGGGGAUGCACGGCUUAGGUAGCUAGCUUAGUCUGCAUGCUUGCUCUCUAGUCUGUACAUGUUAAUCGCGUUUCCAUUGUCAAUUGUGAAUUAUAUUAUUUAUUAUCAGCUACGUAAGUAUUUUCCA